GAGCGCUUGACUACAAAAUAGAAAGGAUUGAGGCGCAACCUGGGUUUACAUGCGCUGUCGUGGGUUAGGAUCUUCUUAAACAGUACAUUUAGAUGUUUGAACCAAUGUUCUAAUGUUCUUUGGAGUCUUGUCACUCAAUGAUUGCCCCCUCGCUUCUUAGAAAGUUUAAAGUCCAACUUGUUGGUAGUGCUUUUCAUUUUUCAAUUACUCGUAGUUUUAUAAAGUCUGCAACGAUGGCUAAAAGCAAGUAUGAAUAUGUGAAAACGUUCGAAUCAGACGAUAAAAUUCUACCAAAUUCAUGGAUAGUUGUCAGACUAGAUGGGAAAAACUUCACCAAGUUUUGUGAAACACACAGCCUUGAAAAGCCAAACGACAGUCGUGCUUUAGAUUUGAUGAAUAAAUGUGCUACUGUUGUCAUGGAAGAGUUUCGUGAAAUUUCUCUGGCUUUUGGUCAAAGCGAUGAGUACAGUUUUAUUUUCCGAAGAGACACAGCCAUCUAUAAUCGUCGUGCUGCUAAAAUCCUGACCAAUGUGAACUCGUUGUUUGCUUCAUCAUUUGUGUAUUUUUGGAAAGAUUACUUUGCCAAUGUACGGCUGAUGUAUCCACCCACCUUCGAUGGGAGAGUCGUGAUUUAUCCAACAGAUGCCAACCUCAGAGACUAUCUUAGCUGGCGGCAAGCUGAUGUCCAUGUCAACAAUUUGUACAAUACUGCCUUCUGGAUGCUGGUGCUCAGAGGAGGGUUAACAAAUGUCCAGGCUCAAGAAAGACUUCGAGGAUCUGUUGCAGCGCAGAAGAAUGAAAUUCUGUUCUCAGAAUUCAACAUAAAUUAUAACAAUGAACCUAUUAUGUAUCGGAAAGGUACUACUUUGCUAAGAAAAGUUGUUAAUGCUCCUGCAGCAAAACCGCGACAUGUUAUUCUUCCCUUUCAUACAGAUCUUUUUAAUGAUAAGUUUUGGAAUGAACAUUCUGAAAUUUUAGGGCUUAAAUCACCACAGGUCUACUGUGAGCCUGAUCUAGAAUUGAAGAGUCUGAAGCUCCAUGACAAUUCAAAGGAGGAUAGGGUAAAUAUUUAACAGGACUGAUGCCUUUUACAAUCAAUGCAACAUUUUAUACCUCAAUUCUAAUGUUUAUAUUAAAGUUUGAUCAGUGUUUGUCAUCAGUAAUCAAAUUAAACAAGAAAAAAAUCAGAAUAA